UGUUGGAGAAGGUGGACUACCUGUUUGCUGAAAACGGACUGGUGGCCUAUCAGAAUGGACAGCUGGUAGCAGUACAAGGUAUCCAGGCGUACAUGGGGGAGGAUCUUCUUCAAGACACCAUCUCUGUCUGUCUCAACUACCUGGCCAAGAUUACACUACCCAGGAAGAGGGGGACGUUUAUAGAGUUCCGUAAUGGAAUGUUGAACGUGUCACCUGUCGGGAGCUGCAGCAGGGAGGAGAGGAUGGAGUUCUACCAGCUGGACCAGAUAUGGGAGGGAUGUCUGAUGUCGUGUCAGUCUGUGGUCCUUAGCUCACUUUACAGCUGUCUCUCAACAAAAGAACGAAUCAGAGAGAAGUUUGUCGCCGUUCUUCAGGAGAGUUUAAAGCAAGGACUGACCUUCUCAAUAGGUGGUCAGAUCAGUUUUGAUGUCUUCCCAGAGGGCUGGGACACUUACUGUCUGGGCCUGGUAGAGAAGGCCUAUCAAACCAUACACUUCUUUGGAGACAAAACUAAACCUGGGGGAAACGACUAUGAGAUCUAUGCAGAUCCCAGAACCAUCGGACAUGAAGUCACCUGCCCUGAAGAUACACAACGUAUCUGUCAAGACCUGUUCUUCAACUGACACACAGCAGUAAUCAGAUGUGUGAAGUGCCAAAGAGACAGCAUGUCGUCCUGCCCUACCAUGUGAUCAUGUGACCAUUAGGGCUUUAUGAAUUUAGGCCAACGGUUAAUUAAAAAAGCUUGUACUGCAUCUUGGGAGUUCCCUGAUGCAUACAACACCGCUUUGGUGACACCCCUGUUUAGUAAACGAAUGGUUCUGACCGCUGGGAACUCUGGGAAAUGAAGCUUCUUCCAACCGUGUCUUUCUGCACAUAAAAUGAUUAACUUUAUCCACUUCAUGGAAACCUGCUAUUGGUUCAACUAUAUCGGUUACUGUAUCUGCUAUUGGUUCAACUAUAUCUACAUUGUUUUAGGCUGGGUGUCUGUGUAUCACUUUAUUAAAACCUCCUCCUAAAAUUAA